AUGCCCGCCGUCAAUACAGCCGGUAUGAACCACAUCCUGCACGCCUGCAAGCCCGAGGAUCCCACCGCAAAAGACCUGAUCAAGCAGAACGUCGACUGUCUGGUCACCAUGGGAUUCCUAGCCGACCAGCGCAAGCUCACCCACGACGAGAAGGGCAAGGCCAUGACCAAAAUGCUUGCUUUCAACGCAGAGAUAUUCGAGUUCAUGAUUCCUGAUCUCAAUAAAAUCGAGUCUGCCCGCGACGAGAAGCUGCUCCAGUUCACGCGCAUGCGUCGCGCUCACGACCGUCUGCAGGAGGCCAUGAGCGGCAUCCCAGAUAUCCCUCACCAGGAUUAUCCCUCCGAUUGUGCGCCCUUUGAGCCCGCUCCUAUGGGCAGUGGUCGUGGUCGUGGCCAGGCCUUCCCCGCCGCGAUGUUCGCUGGCCCUGCUGAACCCCCCCAAGGCUCCCCAGUCUCGUGCUGA